UACGUGCUGGUGUUCUACUAUCGGCUUGGGCCGGAAGAAAGAAAGGAAAGGAAACGCCUCGCUCUCUCUCCAAACCCCACUCAGAAUUCGCCGAGCUCCGCCAACGCCCCCCCCCCCCCUGCUUCGCAGACUCUCCACCGCCGCCCGCGCCGGCCGAACACGCCUCGGUUCAGAUCCAGGAGUGAUCUUCCUACUAACGGCAUAGAGGAGACGAAAACAAGUUGACAAUGAGCAGCAUAGGCACAGGCUACGAUCUGUCCGUUACCACCUUCUCCCCAGAUGGCCGUGUCUUCCAGGUCGAGUACGCCACCAAGGCUGUCGACAACAGCGGGACUGUUGUUGGCAUCAAGUGCAAAGACGGGAUUGUCCUGGGUGUAGAGAAGCUGGUAACUUCAAAGAUGAUGCUGGAGGGAUCUAACCGGAGGAUCCAUUCAGCGCACCGGCACUCUGGCUUGGCUGUUGCUGGUUUAGCAGCAGAUGGCAGGCAAAUUGUUUCAAGGGCCAAAUCAGAAGCUGCCAGUUAUGAAAAGGUCUAUGGGGAACCCAUUUCUGUGAAGGAACUGGCAGAUCGUGUGGCAAGUUAUGUUCAUCUUUGUACACUAUACUGGUGGCUCAGGCCUUUUGGCUGUGGUGUUAUUCUUGGAGGUUAUGAUAGGGAUGGGCCACAGCUCUACAUGAUAGAGCCCUCAGGAGUCUCCUACAAAUACUUCGGUGCUGCAUUGGGGAAGGGGAGACAGGCUGCAAAAACUGAGAUAGAGAAGUUGAAGCUUUCAGAGCUUACCUGCCGGGAAGGCAUAGUUGAAGUUGCAAAGAUAAUUUAUGGGGUGCAUGACGAAGCAAAGGACAAAGCUUUUGAGUUGGAGUUGAGCUGGAUAUGUGAUGAAUCGAAUCGGCAGCAUCAGAAGGUUCCAAAUGAUCUACUGGAGCAGUCCAAGGCUGCUGCACAGGCAGCUCUUGAGGAGAUGGAUGCUGACUAAGAAGCACCGACAUAAUCCCCGAACUUAUUUCAUCGUUGGCAAUCUUUGUUCCUUUGGGGUGACAGACUGGACACCGAGUUGUCAGAUUUUAUUUUAGUGUAAUGGAGAACUUCAUAUGCACUUAACUGAACUUGGUUCCAUCUUGGAGAUUUGAAGCUAGAGAGCGAGUGAUAUCAGAGUUGUGUUGUCUAGAUUCUGACGAAAUCAUGCCACUUAUGUUCUCGUAAUACUUACUGUUCUUAUUCGAUUCCCCCCUCAA